AACCUUGACUUUCAAAUUGAAUCAAUGAUACAAUGAUUGCAUGAUUUUUGAAUGUUUUUCUGAUAACUGUUUUAUCGUAUGAUUUGAUAAACUUAUUAUCAAAAAGACAUUGAUUUGUGUUGUGUUGUCGUUGUUGUCAUCAAUUGAUGCUAUGAGUGCUCGACAACUAAGAAGUGGUAAUAUUUAUCCAUCCGUUAACAUCUCAUAUAAUGAUUUGAAACAUCGAAAGUCAAACACCGAUGUGAUUGACAAUACAUUUGAAGAUAUGGUCGACAACGGUAUCGAUGAUAACCAAAUGCUUGAUGAUUAUGAAGUGAAUGAUAAUCGAGAAAAUGGUGUACAAGAAGGACAAGUAGAAGAGGAAGACGAUGAUGAAGAAGCAAUCAAAUUACCAAAAAAGCCACAAAAUACUACAUCAUAUUAUUCCGGUUUAAGUGAAAAAAUACGAAAUGUUGAGUCAAAUACAAGAAGUAAACAAAAGUCAUAUUUGACAUCAUAUAAGACGAGUAAAUCCAAGAGUCAAAGCAAUUGCUUUAUUCAUUUGUUUAUGUUUUUGUUGGUACUAUUGUCUGGAUUUUCUGGUUAUUAUUAUUUUAAUGGUUUUAGUUUGUUUGACAAACAAUCCAAUAAAACCAUAACUAAGUGGCAGUUAUUUAGUGAAGAAUUCAAAAAUUUUCAUCAAAAGUAUUCUGAAGUUUUGCCAGAAAUUGGUUUUAAAGUAUUGAAUUCAUCGAUAAAGAAUGUAAUGAACAGAACAACUGUCGAGCCGGCAGUCAUUCUGCUAAUAGCUUCCGAAGACAAUACAAAUGUCUUAAAUUGUUUAGAAAAUAGUUUUGUAGCCAUUCUUUACAAGACUUACAAUGAAGACAACUGUUUUCGAAUUAAUGGCAAACAAACUGAUUCACAAGAUAUUGUCAGUAAGUUUGAGAGGAAUUUCGGUGUCGAUGGCAAACAUGUCAUUAUUGUCGAUAAUGUUGAGUCAAUAGCUGGUCAAGACUUAAUGUCAUUGCAUCAGUUCACUGAUCACAAGAACUCGCGAUUCAUUAAUGCUAUAAUCAUAUUGAAGGCAAUAAACAACGAGAAUAUAAACUUAAAUAAAAUUGCAAAAUCAGUUGAUAUGGAUUCAAUUGCCACAGAAUUGUUUCAAAUGAAAUGGAAGAAUACUAUUAAAGAAGAGCAACGAUUUGCUCUCAUUAGUCGUUUGACUUCAUCUGUUGUUACUAUUAUUGGCACAAAUAGCAUAAAUUGUUAAUAUUUUAAUGAAAUUAUUUGUAAUUUUUUAUAUAUAA